UUCACCCAGAAGGACAAAAGUCACGUCUGUGUUUGUGAUCAUUCUGAAACACGGCAGCAGCUCACACACACUAAAAACACACAUGGCGCAGGUGGAGGACACGGAGACCACCGCUGUCUCCUUCUCACAGGGGACUCGCAUGCUUUUCUACCUCAUGUCCCCCAAUGAGACGUCAUUUGCGGAAGUAGAGCACGUUCCGCAAUAUGUUCAACAGGCCACUCCAUUUUUUAUUGGGAUGAUAUUGCUGGAGGCAUUUCUGGGUUGGCUGAAGACUGGAUACCUUCUCAUUAAAAUUAAUGAUGGCACCACAUCUCUGUCCGCAGGCAUGAUGUCUCGACUGCCCGAGCUCCUUGUUAAAAGUUUGGAGAUUUCCAGUUAUAUAUAUGUUUGGAAUAACUUCCACAUAUUGGAGUUACCCUGGGACUCAGCUUGGACUUGGUGGCUAGCAUUCCUAGGCGUGGACUUUGGAUACUACUGGGUUCAUCGAUGCAGCCAUGAGCUUAAUAUCCUGUGGGCUGCUCAUCAAGUUCAUCACAGCUCGGAGUACUACAACCUGACCACAGCGCUUCGACAAUCUGUAACACAGCAGUUUGUUUCAUGGGUGUUCUACCUCCCCAUGGCAUUAAUCGUUCCACCAUCAAUCUUUGCUGUACAUAUUCAGUUUAACUUGCUUUACCAGUUUUGGAUCCACACUGAGUUUGUCAGCAAUCUUGGUCCUCUGGAGUGGAUCCUAAAUACGCCGAGUCAUCACCGAGUUCAUCAUGGGAGAAACCACUACUGUAUUGAUAAGAAUUAUGGAGGAACCCUCAUUAUUUGGGACCGAAUGCUUGGAACCUUUGCUCCAGAAGAUGAUAAAGUAAUCUAUGGUCUCACACACCCCAUCAACACCUUUGACAUUCUGUCUGUUGAGUUUGAGUACUAUGUGUACUUGUUGCGGCAAUUCCUCAGUGCUGAUGGUAUUACACACAAGUUUUCUGUCAUAUUUAAUGGACCAGGCUGGACACCGGGCAAACCGAGGCUAGGAGACCCUGAUGAUCUACCUGAGAUCACAGGAAAGGAGAUGCCUCACAAUCCACAAUGGUCAUCUGCACUUCAGGUGUAUGUGCAUGUGCAGUUCCUUCUGGUUCUGGUCGUUUACAACAACUUAUUUGCAACAGAACAUAUGCUGUCUCAAACAAGUGUGCUGCUCAUCACUGGAUACAUAUUACUCACACUUACUACGCUUGGGUAUAUAAUAAACCAAAGUCCCAAUGCUGCUGUAUGGGAGGUGUCACGCUGCCUACUAAUGUUGACCCUCUACAGGUUUGGUUAUAUCAGCUCUAUGGUGCCUCUACUGACUACUGCAACAGAGGUUUUUGCUUUACUUUCUGCAAUCUACUGGGCUCUGCAGUGUUCCACCAAGCUAACUAACAAGGAGAAGAGUCACUGAGUGCCAGCUAAAUGAACAAACAGUAAAUGUAUUGUGUUGUGCAGGAUCCUGAUUUUAAUUACAUAACAAUGAAUAGAUUCUGUGUACUGUGAAAUGGGAUUUCUGUAUCUGUUUGACAUUUAUGAUAUAAAGUAUCAGUGCAUGCAUAUAUAUGGAUAAACAGAUAACAUAAAUAUGAUAUAAUAAAUAUG